UUCAAUGGCGAAAGUCAUCCAGUGGAGCAUCAUACUGGUGACGACAUUAAGCUGCCUGCGGUUGCAGCAAUGGCUACGAGUUCAUCCAACCAUAAACUUACACAGUACCCCUAAACAAGUACCUGAAUCCCCAAUGAUAAUGGAUUCACGGCAGGAGACCCCACUGCUUGUUAAACCUUCUGCAUUGGAUACAAGUCGGAAGGAAGAAUCUAGGCCUAAAGAUGUGGUUGAGUCCCCCGUCAUGUCAUCAAGCUCUCUUAUCAAUUCUGGUUUAUUGCCAAGAGAAGAUGAUGCUAAAUUGGCUGCUUGUCAAUUACCUCUUGAAACUGAAGCGGACUGCAUGAAGUCUACCGAGAAAUGUGCAAACCAUGAAAGGCAAACUGAAGCUGACAGCUUAGUUGAAGCCUCUAUAACUCCUGCAAUGCAGUCUGCUAGUCUUCAAAAGCAAGUCCUCAAACGAAACCCACGUGGAUGCAGAGGUAUUAGAACUUGUUUGAACUGUUCUUCGUUCCGGCUUCAUGCGGAGAGGUCAUUCGAAUUCUCAAGAAAUCAGAUGCAAGAUACUGAAGAAAUGGCCUUGGAUUUAAUUAAACAAAUAUCGUGCCUACGGAAUAUGUUGGAUAAAUCUGCUUUCGUUGCCAAAGAUCAGACCGUUAUUUGCAUCGAUCAGGUCAAAGAAGCUUGCAAGAAAGCUUCGGAUGCCGAAGAAUGUGCCAAAGCCCAUCUUAGCGAAAUGAACUAUCAUCUAAACAUUCACUGCAGAAUUCCAAGUGGACAGCGAUGA